UAUUUUGAGCACCAAUGUGCUAAUGAAGAGAUUUGUUGGCUGGACGUCGAGCUUGGACAUUUACUCAUGAAGAUGCGAGAUGAUGCCAUUGAUUACCCCCAUGCCAUCACACAACUUCAGUCCAGUGACCCACCCCUUGCAGCUGAACUCCAGCAUCACUGGACACAGCUUUGGUCCAUCAAUGCACGUCACAUUUGGUGCAUCCAGCAGAUCAUGCAGCUUCCUGGUUACAGUGGGCUAAAGAACCCUGGCAGUCGU